AUGAAUAAGGAAACGCCCUUAAAUAUUACAGUGAGCGACGAAGAUAAUGUCAGCGAGGAUGAUAGUGAUGAAAAUGGCGAUGAAUUCAAACUAGGUAUAGAACAGCUGAGACGCAAACUUAAAAAUACGGAAGUAAAGGCUCAACGCCCAGUAUCCAAGGAUGAUGGCUACGGUAGUCAGCGUUCAUCGACAAGGUCCGACAUCUCGUCUUGGCGACUAUCUACACUCGAAGCAGAAAUCUCACCAGAUGACGGCCUAGCCAGCGUUGGUCAGGGAGAACAGAGCAAGACCGCGGAACCUUCUGUGGGAAGUAGUGGUGGGAGAGCUUCUUCCUCUCCGAAUUUCAGUCGCCAAAGUAAUUUUAUCGCCACUGUAAAGGAGAGCCAAGGCAUUCACGUUGGGGACAAAUUUAAGACCGUUAACGUUCACCACCACACCUACGGCCCUGGCUCGGUAGUGCACAUUCACCAACACACUUCUACAGAAGAAGAACAAGGUGCCACAGGCAAGGUGAAAAGAAUUUCUGUGAAAUUAUUAAACAAAGAGGACUCAGGUCCCAACGGUGAUACAUUUUCCCAAGUUCUAAACCAGAAGAUUGAGUCCAAUUUUCAUGUGAAAAACUGCAGAGUCAUAGUUAAGCAGCUGCCGGCCAUGUCUUUUGAUAUAGAAGCGGACGACGUCACAGCCGCCAAACUGACAAGCGACGUGGGGAUGGAAAAGUUGAGAAAUAUUAUCACUGAGAUGCUGAAUGACAACGCUUGUUUCGGGACGCAACUGGAAGGCCGAGAAAUAAAAGUAGAAAUAGUUUAUGGAUGAAUUAAUGUUGUUAGUUUUUAUCCAGACAGGCUCAAUACAACUGACACAAGCUAGUCCUAUUAGGCUCAGGGACAGAAUUACUGGCAUCGACACACAGCUUCCCGCUACUGUUACUCGGUACUACCCCAGAUGAAGCAUGUGCGAGAAAAGUGAUAGAAACUGUAAUUAAAGAGGACGCCACCAUAAUAUGACCUAUGUAUAUAGUAUAAUAUUAUAUAUCGGAGUACUUAAAGGAGAAGUACGAUAAUAAAGUUUAUGGAGGAUCCAGGACAUUAAAAAGGAGGCUGGCAAAUUCUUUUGACACCUUCCGCUUCUUUGCUAUAGAUUUUAAUUUAUUCAUUUUUGGAAAGUGGAUCUAUUUGCAGCAUAUUGUAAUAGUUUUAUGGGGUAAAGAUCUAACUCUGCUCAUGUUGAUUGGGACUGAGUCCGCCAUUUUGUUUUGGAAAAACCUCCCCACCCACUCGCCAAUGUUUGGGGCCUGUUACAAACGGGACUUUCCAACGUUCAGGUUGAAGCAGGAAGGUCGGGAAGUUGACCUGUUUACACCAGGAUUUACUUAUUAUCUCUAGACUUUACCCCUGACGGGACAAUAAGGGGGAACUUACUACACUAUACUUCCUGGUCUGAUGCGCUACAUUGUGAAAUAUCAGAGUUAAUACAAAAGUUAAUUAAGUAUCAUUUAAUUAUCAGAAGUAUGCGACUUCAGAUAUGAAGAGAUUUAAUUUAUGACGAGCGCGCCAGAAGUAAAUAGAAUAAAAGUAAUGGUAUUAUAUUUGUAUUAAGUUUCACCCUAUACAGUUGUAAGAUAUUCUUAUUAAGCACAUUUCUCUUGAAUUCAUAUAUCCUAGUUCGUAUAUACAGUAUACUUAGUAGUAAAACAUGCUGUGAGAGGUGAUGAGUCGUAUUGUAGAAUUUUUGUAUUUUGUCAAGUCGGCUAUCAGUGUCAAGUCGGCUAUCAGUGUCAAGUCGUUUAUCAGUGUCAAAUAAGCUGUAAUCUUGUCAAUAUAUUUACU